UCUCGUCUUGUCAGUCACUCAAAAAGUUUGGUUUCUUUCGGUGCGACUGUUGAUAUUAGAGUUCGCCUUCAUUUAUUCGUUUUAAAUGUAUUCAUUUACAAAAUACUAACAUAAACAUGGCUCGCAGUUCAGUCAUAGUCGCUGUGAUAGCUAUUCUCUCACUGGGCAUCGCAGGUGUAGUUGCAGAAUGUAUGAUACCUUUAGUGCUGAGAAAUACGUGGUUUUCCUUCGAAAAUGGGAAACAAACUAUAACCGAUAUCAACGCCAGCGAAAUGACUGGGAGGGGUGUUUGUGUAAACAUAAAAGCAGAGUACCGGGUGAACUACACAAUGGUGUUUUCUUACACAAAAUGCUACUACUGUGUCAAGCUGAUCGUAAGGACGGUGAACGUACUGGAGAAGAUUGAGUCUCCUUGUGUGAACUUGGGUCCUGAUGAAGAACCUACUGUGGAAAGAGUGUGCAGAGGCCUUAACCCUGAUCAGCAGGGUCUGAUCACUUUGUUCUCUGAAAACUAUGUGCCUGUCAAUUGUCGCUCAUCUCUGGAAGGUGUCUGGCAGUUUGCUUAUCAGAAUCGUUUCCGGUUCACCGGUGAAUGUAACCACCCUGAUGCUCAGAUCAAGUCUUGUCAAACUGCUGGUACUCAGUUCUUGAUCACAAACCAGAAAUUUAACAUAACAUACAGAAAAUGUGCUGGAAUGUCCAAUACUUUUGAUGGUGUUGUGGAAUAUAGCUGUUUGGGUCAUUGGUUCGUCAAUAAGAAUCAUUUCUUUGCGGUCGCAAAUACGAAAGAAUCUCGUAAAGACGAGAGAUAUCGAUGUUUCCUUAAAAACAGAGAUGAUGAUCUGUAUAUUGGUGCCUCAAUUACGCCUGAAUGUAACACUUUGAAGACUGUUGAGAAAUCACCUGAGAGGUACAGAGUUACUGCGGUGAAGGCUGAAGUGGUAGAACCAGGUUGUAGAUUGCCACAGAACUUCUCAGGAGACUGGAUUAACACAGCCAAUAUAGAUGCAGAUGUAUUUAUCAAUGAGACACAUAUAAUAGAGACUUAUUAUCCUGAUGAGGGACGAUUUAGGAGAACUAUUUAUGUUUGCAGAGAGCAGCGUGAUAGUAGAGUGAUGAUGGCUCGUCUUACAGUUGAUGGUUGCCAAAAGGAUUAUGUGUGCUUUGAUUUUGUACCACAACAUCAUAAUGUAAUUAGAUACCGAAAGGGCUUAGCCAUGAUUCAAAGCAACUUCCACACAGUAUGUUCAUGGGUGCAGUUCCAAAACAAACAAGAAUGGCGUUAUGAUAUAUUCUUGAAGAAGGACCCUACUCCCAUCCGAUGCCCUGUGGCUGGAAAAUUCAACUUUACUCAAAAAGGAGAUGUCAAAUUCGAAACAAGGAUCCUGGGAGGUGUUACACUCAGUCCGAGACCAAACUUGUACUGCAAACUGAAUAUAAGUGACUUCUCAGUAUGUGAUAUAGACCAGAAAACUAUACAGAUUAAGGAGAACUACUGUCUAUCUGUAGAUUACUUGGGAAGACCAGUUGAUAUCUACAGUGAUCCUGAUUACAGGAUGAAAUGCAUAGGUUUCUGGAAAGAGAAUCUGAAGUCUUAUUUAAUUACUUAUGACGAGUUGGAUCCUUUCUCUAAGUAUAGGUGCUGGGUGUAUCAGCGGGCUGAUCUUAAUAGGGUACUUAUGUCACAAGCCUUAGGUCCAUACUGUGACUUGAAACAAGACGUGACGUCAUGGAACUACACAGAGGGCGCAGCUGUCGCCGUUGAAAUGGAAGAAUACGAGAGAGAGCGGGACCAGUGCCCCAUGCAUUUUGAUGACGGUAGCGACCCCUGGUCUACGAAAGAGAACUACGUGAAAGUGUUCAGUUUUUCAUUUUGGGGCAACAAUUCUGCCCAAGCAAUGGCAGUCAAUACAGUUGUAGUGAUCCUGGCAGCUUUUGUGACGUUACUACAGUAAUUUAUAAGCUAAGACUGAUGUAGAUUACAAGGUUGCUUAGAUUGAUGUGUAAUACUAAUUUUGUGUACAGUUUAUUGCUGUAGAAAAGCUAUUUUUUAUUUUAUGUACUUUGUCCAGAUUUUUACAGUGCAGUCGUCAUUCCAGUUUUUUUUUUAUUUAAGUAAAACAUAGAGUUUUAAGCAAAUGAAUCUCACAUUGCUAUGUGCCUUAAGUCUAUAGGGAUAUAUAAAGGGUUUUAACUAUUUACAAAAGCACAUUUUGUAGAGAAAAGGCUGAGGUGUGCCUUUACUAUAGGUUGUAUGUUAAAUAAUGUCUGUUCAAUGUAAAAAAGACAAGAGAAAUAUUACUCAUAAGGAAUAUAAUAAAGUACUGUUUACUAACAGUAAUUUCUAUUCAUAAUUCAAUAAGUAGGUUAUAAGUGAAGGUGUAGCUAUAUCAUUACCCAAGUGCUGCUAAUGUUUUUGCAUUUUAUUUUUCUGUAGAAAUCCUUUUUACCUCCCCAUAUCUAUGUUAGUGUCCCUGAUCAUGACUAAUUUUAUAUAUUUUUUACUCAUAAUGACAAACUUAGAUUAAGAUUAUUUUUUUGUAUUCUUUUUACUUCUUGGCAGCUAAUUUUUAAGUACAUAUAUGUAUCUCAAAUUGAAUCUACAUAGUGCCUUAGAAAGUUAUGUAUGUUUGUAUCUAAUAUUAACAAUUUUGACUGUUAUUUCUAAAAAUGACUAUAAAGAAGCUGGUAUUUCUUUCUUUCAGAAUAUUUAUACUCUAUGUAACAUGUGUUACCUGAUAAUUAUGAUCCGUCCAAAAAUAUAACAUUUGUUAUACUUGUUUAACAUUUGAAUACAAUGUUUUAAUCAUG